GUUCCGCUCCUGGGCUCGGGCGCGCGUUGCGUUGCCAAGGACGAUGACCGGCCGGGGUACCCCGAGCCGCUUUUUGGCCAGCGUCCUGCGGAACGGCGUGGGCCGCUACGUGUGUCAGCUGCAGCGCAUCACCGUGACGGUCAGCCAGCACUUGUCGAACUCGCUGGGCGCCAGAGAAUAUAUUGAAGAAAAGAUAGUGGAUUUUGCAAGGCAGAACCCUGGGAUUGCGGUUUAUGUAAACCCAAAGAAUUGCAGGAUCCCCACAUUGGUUGCUGAAUAUUUGAAUGGAACUGUGAAGGAGGAGCCUUUAACCAGCAAGACUGCAGAAGAGAUUGCAGAUAUCAUUCAAAAGAUGGUCAACCAGUCUGGCCUAGAAAUCAUUCGUAUCCGAAAACCUUUCCAUACAGAUAACCCCAGUAUCCAAGGCCAGUGGCAUCCUUUCACAAAUAAACCCAGUGUACUCAAUGUGCAAACCAUAGGAGCCAAACUCCAAUCACUGGAAAAAUAAAGCUAUGCUGUAUAGCCUGUGACAUUUAUGAAUGUGAGGAUCUCUUGCAUGCAGGAAAUCCUUAUCUCCUUCCCUAAGAAAGUGGACACUGAAGGGAAAUAACUAGCUUGUGUCUGCAAACCUGAUGUUUUUAUGACAACUCUAGUUCAGGUUGAUUUCUGCUGUUGCAAGCUGAAUUAUUUCUGAAUAAAUUCUACAAUUGGGUGGGUUUGUCUUCUAGACCUGACGUUUUCAUAACAACCUUGGUUCUGGUUGAAUUAUCAGCUCUGCUGCAGACUGAACUAUUUCUGUGAAAACUGAACUAUUUCUGAGUAAAUUCUACAGUUGGGUGGGUCUAGACCUGGAUAGUUAUGCUAGUAGCUUUCUUCCAAUUGCACUUUGCAAUUUAAUUCUUACUGAAAAUAAAUAAAUGACGGAACAUAA